AGGCGGGGGGGCCUUUUAGAGAGCGCACUUGAGCAUUGGCCCCUCUCUCCUUUAUCCUUAGGCGUUGGUAGCGCGGGUUAAACCCGGAACUCGGUGUAUGGCCACGGAGUUACGGUGUACAGACUCCAUGCCCUGUCACAACCAGCAAGUGAAAUCUGUUUCAACUCCAAGCCUCGAGCUGCCGCGACCUGGCGACCUAAUCCCGGACCAUGCUGGGGGAAACAGCGCCUCCGUAACCAAAUCGGCUCUCCUAACCGGGCACGCCCAUUCUAGCCUACCGGACAAGCGGGACCCUGAGGCCUGCAGUGGCAAGAAUCUCAACUCUGAGAGCAACGGCGGCAGUAGCAGUUAUGACGCACCAGUCAGAUACUCCCUCUUAGGUGACUGUGAACUCUCUCAGCAGAUCGGGACGCAGCUUAAACUGCUGCCUAUGAAUGAUCAGAUCCGGGAGCUGCAGACCAUCAUCCGGGACAAGACAGCCAGUAGAGGGGACUUCAUGUUUUCUGCGGAUCGUUUGAUCAGACUUGUUGUGGAAGAGGGAUUGAAUCAGUUACCAUAUAAAGAAUGCAUGGUGACCACUCCAACAGGGUACAAGUAUGAAGGAGUGAAAUUUGAAAAGGGAAAUUGUGGGGUCAGCAUAAUGAGAAGCGGUGAGGCAAUGGAACAAGGUUUACGAGAUUGCUGUCGAUCCAUACGAAUUGGAAAAAUCCUGAUUCAGAGUGAUGAGGAGACACAGAGAGCCAAAGUGUAUUAUGCCAAGUUUCCCCCAGAUAUUUACAGGAGAAAAGUCCUUCUGAUGUAUCCAAUUCUUAGCACUGGAAAUACUGUAAUUGAAGCUGUAAAGGUUCUUAUAGAGCACGGAGUUCAACCCAGUGUUAUUAUUCUACUCAGUCUAUUCUCCACUCCUCACGGUGCCAAAUCAAUCAUUCAGGAGUUUCCAGAGAUCACAAUUUUGACUACUGAAGUACAUCCUGUUGCACCCACACAUUUUGGACAGAAAUACUUUGGAACAGACUAAGUUAAUAAAGGGAAUGAUUUUGUGUAAUAUUACAGUUAUGUUUUGAAUAUCUACCUGUUUUGUGAAUUUCCUUGAGGAAUGGCAGAUAAAAUUAUGUUAAAGAUG